AUGUGUAAAUAUUGUGAUAAAGAGUUUCCUGAGAAGAGUUACGGAGAGCAUCUGGAAACGAUACACUCGGUUAGUUUCUUCCGGUGUCACGAGUGUGAUGGAUUUAUCGACAGGAGCAACUUCGUGGUUCACAUGACGCUGCACGCGGUCCAACACGCCAAACAUAAAGACAGGAAGACGAAAAGAAUUAAACAGAAUCUCGAGCGGGGUCCGGCGAGGAACGUGAAAUGUGAUGAUACAGGGAGUGACGUCACAGAUAAGAUGACAAAGAACGACCAUCGAGUAGAGGGUGGUGGUGAGGAAAAGAAAAGUGAUGAAGAAGUACACGAGGAAUUCUGUGAACCGAGCAACGUGGAAGAUUUUGGUCCCUUACCAGAAUCAGUGUUCGAGGCUAUCGAAGACUCCAGAGAGUAUCAAGAGGAACAACACGCAUAUCACAGCGACACGGAGGCUCAAGAUGAUCUACACACGGUAGAAAUUAAAAAUAGCCAACGAUCUCCUGCUGCAGAACAGACACAUAAACAGAGAACCAGAUCUGAUAAUGCGGAAGUUCAUAAUGUGAAAAGUAAAAUCAGAAAAUGUCCGAAAUGUGAUAAAGUAUACGUCGCCUCGUCGAGUUACUUUUACCAUCUCAAAUAUUCCCAUAACCAGAACAAGGAGCACGAGUGCGACGUCUGCGGGAAGAAGUUCGGGACCAAGGCCAGUCUAUCAUCACACACGGCCAUACACGGAGCAGACUGGCGGUACCCGUGCAGGGAGUGUGACAAGCGGUUCAGGACGAGGGCCAGUCUGUACAUACACCAACAGACGCACAGCGAAAUCAAGGCGCACAGGUGCUCACGGUGCGGCAGGUGCUUCAGGUGGCGCACACACCUGCUGCGGCACGAGACGCGCCACCUCGCGCACAAGUCUCACGUCUGCGAGACCUGCGGCCGCGGGUUCAGUGUGCGCUGUGACCUGCUGAGACACGCACGCACGCACGCGGCCGGCGCGUAUGUGUGUGGCGUGUGUGGACACACGUUCGCUCAGCUCAGGUACCUCAGGGUACACGUCGUGAAGAAACACUCGGGCAGUGUAGUGAAGGAUGAAAUAAAACCAUAA